AGAAGGACUGGACCGGGCCGGGCCCUCGUGGGUGCGCGCGCGGGUCUCCGGAGCGCCCUCUGGCGGGCGGAAGCCGUACCGCACCUCUGGGGGCGGGAGGCGCGGCGGCCGCAGACCCCGGGCCCGCGCGUGGCACCCGGCUCCCCGCCCCAGUUGCCCGAGGCCUGGACUGAGGCCGCGGCCCUUCGCAGCGCCGCGGCCCCCGCGCCCCGCUCCCCGCGCGGCCCUCCCCGCAGCCCUGCGUGGCUCCGCCCGCGGCCCACUUUCCCGGCGCCGGUCUCCCGGCGACAGCGCCGGCGGGCGGUCCCUGCCCCUCCCGCGCGCCCGCCGCGCCCCGCCUCUGUUGGAGCGAGAGCCGGGCCUGCGAGGCUGCGGCCGCGGGCCGGCGCGGGCCGCACGGGCGGGAGGGGUCUCGCAUGGCCUCCGCGCGCGGCGGCACCCGGGCGCGGCGUCCCCGCUCCGGGCCUCUGUUCCCGCGUCCGUGAAGCCCGGGCGAGAACAGGGCUUCAAGGUGGUGCCGCGCGUACGUCCCUCGAGAACGCCCGGCCCGGUCCGGGGUCCGGACGCGGCCAGCGGGGUGGCAGGGGCCGCUGCGAUGGAUUCGCUGGCAGCGCCCCAGGACCGCCUGGUGGAGCAGCUGCUGUCACCGCGGACCCAGGCCCAGCGGCGGCUCAAGGACGUCGACAAGCAGUACGUGGGCUUUGCCACGCUGCCCAACCAGGUGCACCGCAAGUCGGUGAAGAAGGGCUUUGACUUCACGCUCAUGGUGGCCGGUGAGUCGGGCCUGGGGAAAUCCACACUGGUCCACAGCCUCUUCCUGACCGACUUGUACAAGGACCGGAAGCUGCUCAGUGCCGAGGAGCGCAUCAACCAGACAGUGGAGAUCCUGAAGCACACGGUGGACAUUGAGGAGAAGGGGGUCAAGCUGAAGCUCACCAUUGUGGACACACCAGGCUUCGGGGAUGCUGUCAACAACUCUGAGUGCUGGAAGCCCAUCACAGACUAUGUGGACCAGCAGUUUGAGCAGUAUUUCCGUGACGAGAGUGGCCUCAACCGCAAGAACAUUCAAGACAACCGGGUGCACUGCUGCCUGUACUUCAUUUCCCCUUUUGGGCACGGGCUUCGGCCAGUGGAUGUGGGUUUCAUGAAGGCUCUCCAUGAGAAGGUGAACAUAGUGCCCCUCAUCGCCAAAGCUGACUGUCUUGUCCCUGGCGAGAUUCGGAAGCUGAAGGAGCGGAUCCGGGAGGAGAUUGACAAGUUCGGGAUCCACGUGUACCAGUUCCCUGAGUGUGACUCGGAUGAGGAUGAGGACUUCAAGCAGCAGGAUCGGGAACUGAAGCCCUCACCUGCCCCUUCCCAGGAGAGUGCGCCCUUCGCUGUUAUCGGCAGCAACACGGUGGUGGAGGCCAAGGGGCAGCGGGUCCGGGGGCGACUGUACCCCUGGGGGAUCGUGGAGGUAGAGAACCAGGCACACUGCGACUUCGUGAAGCUGCGCAACAUGCUCAUUCGCACACACAUGCAUGACCUCAAGGACGUGACGUGCGACGUGCACUACGAGAACUACCGUGCGCACUGCAUCCAGCAGAUGACCAGCAAACUCACCCAGGACAGCCGCAUGGAGAGCCCCAUCCCCAUCCUGCCACUGCCCACGCCUGACGCUGAGACAGAGAAGCUCAUUAGGAUGAAGGAUGAGGAGCUGAGGCGCAUGCAGGAGAUGCUGCAGAAGAUGAAGCAGCAAAUGCAGGACCAGUGACCCCCCAGCCUCACAUUGCCAUGGAUAUACUGCCAGUCUCCAGGCUGGCCCUUCCCACCCCUGGACCCCUACUGGUCUGUACUCUACCCUGGAUUCAUCUGGAUUUCUGACAGGCCUGGACACAACCCCAAUCCCAGAGUGGCCCAGACCCGAACUGUUCCCUGCCGUUCCAGACCUGACCCGGAGGCACGGGGUUGCACCCCCCAGCCAACCCUAAUUUAUUCUCAGCAUCAAUCUCUCCUCUUAUUUGUAUUUGCCCCUACAACCAGUUCCUUCUGGCCUUGAGGGACCAGGAGCUUCGUUGGGCCGUGACUUCUGAGAUCUGCCCCCACCCCGGAAGAUCCUAGCACUCAGACUCCAGGCCCUACUCGGGGCGGGUAAACCAAGGCAGAAUAGGGGCGCAGGUCCCCAGGGUCUCGGGUCUGUCCCCCCGUGCGAGUGCUGCAGAGCAGACCGGGGAGCCCUCCUGCGCCCACUGCCACAGUGUAUGCUGGGACCGCGCUUUGUGCCAAGGUGGGCCGGGUUCGCCCUCAUCUCCUCACCUGCAGCUCAGCAGGCGGGUUGGGCAGCAGAAGCAAUUAGGAUCCCUCCAGACCUGAGGAGGCCAGCCAGCUGCAGGGGGAGGAGCUCCGGGAGCGGGGCCAUCUGUGACAGCCGGCGGGCCCCCCACUAAGGGGCCCCAGGGCUCCAGGAGCAGUGGGAGGUGGGUGACUCCCUGGCAACUCCCAUGCCUAGACUGCCGUUCCCUGCCCAUGGCUGGAGGUCCCUUCUCCCCAGCAGCACUGUCGCCCAGGGUUCCCUAGCCUUUGCCCUCCCCAUCCCGCCACCCGCAUGAUCCCUCUCCACAAACCCUCUUCUCCAGUUUUGUUCAGUUGUGAAUGCCGGGUCCUGUCCAGGUGACAGGAGAACAAUGUUGGUGACCGUC